AUGUCUAAAAUGGAUGAAGUGGAUCUGGUUCAGGCCAACGUUUUGGCCUCAGGUGCUAAUAAGAAAUCUGUGCGUAUUGUCAAUGGUCUUGGAUCUUUGAUGGGAUCCAAGAGUAUGGUCGAUGUGGAUUUCAAAAGUGAUUCCAAUAUGGACUACCUAUUGAGACGUGACGAAGAGGAGAAGGCUAGGUAUGCAAAGAAUAGACAUAUUUCUGAACAGCCUUGGACUUUGAACAACUGGCACAAACAUUUGAAUUGGUUGAAUAUGAUCCUUGUGGUCUUUUUACCUUCUAUCGGGUGGUAUAUGGCUCUUUCUGGUAAGGCACCUUUGCAACUGAACACUUUGUUGUUCUCAUUGUUCUACUAUGCGGUCGGUGGGGCUUCUAUUACAGCUGGUUACCAUCGUCUGUGGUCUCACAGAUCUUACUCUGCGCGCUGGCCGCUACGUUUAUUGUAUGCAUUCUUUGGAUCUGCUAGUGUGGAAGGUUCCGUCAAAUGGUGGGGUCAUUCUCACAGAAUCCACCAUCGUUACACCGACACUGUCAGAGAUCCUUAUGAUGCUCGUAGAGGUCUGUGGUUUUCUCACAUGGGUUGGAUGCUUUUGAAGCCAAAUCCAAAAUAUAGAGCUCGUGCGGACAUUGAAGACUUGGCCGAUGACUGGAUCGUUAGGUUCCAACACAGACACUAUAUCCCAUUGAUGCUUCUAUCUGCUUUCGUUUUGCCAACUAUUGUUUGUGGUUACUUCUUCAACGAUUACUUGGGUGGUUUCGUGUAUGCUGGUUUGAUCCGUGUGUUCUGUAUCCAACAGGCUACUUUCUGUAUCAACUCGUUGGCUCACUACUUGGGUGAUCAACCUUUUGAUGACAGAAGAACCCCACGUGACAACUGGAUCACUGCUUUGGUUACCUUUGGUGAAGGUUACCACAAUUUCCACCACGAGUUCCCAACCGAUUACAGAAACGCUAUCCGUUGGUAUCAAUAUGAUCCUACAAAGGUUAUCAUUUACUUGAGUUCGAUGUGUGGUCUUGCUUACGAUUUGAAAAAAUUCUCUCAUAACGCUAUCCAACAGGCAUUGGUGCAACAACAGCAGAAGAAACUAGAUAGACAGAGAUCCAAGUUGAACUGGGGUCCACAAUUGACCGACUUGCCCGUCUGGGACAAGCAGGAUUUCCUAAAGGAAAUGGAAACAAGAAAGGGUCUAGUGGUGAUCUCCGGUAUUGUACACGAUGUCUCUGGCUACAUCACUGAACAUCCAGGUGGUGAAACUUUGUUGCAAGCAGCCCUUGGGAAGGAUGCUACAAAGGCUUUCAACGGUGGUGUUUACCGUCAUUCUAAUGCCGCUCACAACGUCUUGGCUACUAUGAGAGUCGCCGUUGUCAAGGAUGGUGAAGAUGCCGCUAUUAAGUUCGCCGCAAGAAGAGGUGAAACUUAUGCUAAAUCUAAGGCAGAAUAA